UCUUUUUAACAGGUUUUCUUUGCCAGGAAAACAAAUCAAAAGGCGGCUUCACGGCUCCCCUUCUUCUUUCUUCUUCUUCAUCAAACCAUCUACAGCCACCAAAACCAGUCCAAUCUAGGGUUCUUGGUUUCCUGCAUCAAUCAUCAGAAAAUUCUCCAGUUUCGAUGGCAAAAACUCAAGCUGGAGCUGUGAAUAGCGGAGGCCGGACAGGUGUUCGUAUUGUGGUUGCGGGAGACCCUGGUACCGGCAAAUCGAGCUUGAUUGUCACCGCAGCUGCCGAAACUUUCCCUACAAACGUGCCGCCGGUGCUUCCUCCGACGAGGCUUCCAGAAGAUUUCUACCCUGACCGCGUUCCCAUCACUAUUAUAGAUACUUCUUCAAGAGAGGAGGAUAAGGUUAGAGUAAGUGAGGAACUGAAGCGGGCUGAUGCAGUUGUUCUUACUUACGCAUGUGAUGAUCAUAGGACUCUUGAGAGAUUGAGUAGUUACUGGCUUCCAGAGCUUCGGCGCCUCGAGGUGAGGGUUCCGGUCAUAGUGGUGGGUUGUAAGCUGGAUUUAAGAGAGGAGAACCUGCAAGUGAGCCUGGAGCAAGUGAUGGCACCUAUAAUGCAACAAUUCCGGGAGAUUGAAACUUGUAUUGAAUGUUCUGCAUUUAAUCACAUUCAAAUCCCAGAGGUUUUCUAUUAUGCGCAAAAAGCAGUGCUCCAUCCAACUGGUCCACUUUUUGAUCAGGAAACGCAAACUUUGAAGCCCCGGUGUGUACGGGCCCUAAAGCGUAUAUUUAUUCUUUGCGACCAUGACCGUGAUGGUGCCCUUAGUGAUGCAGAGUUGAAUGACUUUCAGGUCAAAUGUUUCAACGCUCCUUUGCAACCUUCUGAAAUUGUGGGUGUUAAGAGAGUUGUGCAAGAAAAAUUGAAAGAAGGUGUCAAUGAACGUGGACUUACAUUGACAGGAUUCCUCUUCCUCCAUGCCCUAUUCAUAGAGAAGGGACGUUUGGAGACAACAUGGACCGUCCUUAGGAAAUUUGGUUAUACCAAUGAUAUCAAACUUGCUGAUGAACUCAUUCCAUCUUCAUUCAAAAGAACUGCUGAUCAGAGUGUGGAGCUGACAAAUGAAGCCAUUGACUAUUUGAAGGGGAUCUACGAAUUGUUUGACAGCGAUUAUGAUAAUAACUUGCGUAUUUACGAACUGGAAGAUAUUUUCUCUACAGCACCAGAAUGUCCUUGGAAUGAAGCUCCAUACAAUGAUGCUGCAGAGAAAACUGCUCUAGGGGGACUAUCGCUUGAUGGAUUUCUGUCAGAGUGGGCCCUUAUGACACUCUUAGAGCCAGCUCAAACCAUGGAGAAUCUAAUAUAUAUUGGAUAUACUCUUGAUCUUUCUUCCGCUGUCCGAGUGACUAGGAGAAGACGUCUAGAUCGCAAGAAGCAACAAUCAGAGAGGAAUGUUUUUCAAUGCUUUGUUUUUGGACCUAAGAAUGCUGGAAAGUCUGCAUUGUUGAAUUCCUUUCUGGGAAGGCCAUUCUCUGAUAGUUACGUUCCCACAACGGAAGAAAGGUUUGCAGUGAGUGUCGUUGAUCAACCUGGGGGAAAUAAGAAAACUCUUGUGUUGCGAGAAGUUCCUGAAGAUGGAGUUACAAAACUUUUGUCUGGUAAAGAGUCUUUGGCAGCAUGUGACAUGGCGCUAUUUGUUUAUGACAGUUCUGAUGAGUUGUCAUGGAAGAGAACAACUGAAUUGCUUGUGGAGGUUGCAAGUCAUGGUGAGAAUACUGGCUAUGAAGUGCCUUGCCUCGUUGUUGCAGCUAAGGAUGAUCUGGUUUCAUUUCCAAUGGCCAUACAAGAUUCUACCAGGGUUACUCAAGAUAUGGGAAUUGAAGCUCCAAUACCCAUCAGUUCAAAGUUGGGCGAUUUCAAUAAUGUAUUCCGUAGGAUUGUUAGUACUGCAGAGAAGCCACAUUUGAGCAUUCCUGAAACUGAAGCAGGGAGAAGCCGCAAGCAAUAUCAUCGGCUCAUAAACCGCUCUCUUAUGUGUGUCUCAGUUGGAGCUGCUGUAGCGAUUGUUGGACUGGCAGCUUACCGUGUUUAUGCUGCAAGGAAGAAUUCGUCUAGCUGAAGGACUAAAUGGGUUUAUUGAUUGUGCCAAGCUGUUUUCUUAUUUAGCUGCCUUCUUUGUUGGGUUUCUUGAUACGCCAUUAACUCUCUUUUUCAUUCCCGGUGUAGGGUUCUAGCUAGUUUGCCGGUUUGGUUGGAAAGGGUUUUACCAUGGAAUUAGAUAUUGUGCACUAAAAAAAGAAAAGAAAAUUUUUUUCGUCA